AUGGCUGCUCUUUCUUCAAAACCCAACCACGUUCGAUCAAUCAGUUUCCCUGGGAGAUCACACCCUACUAUCCAGAGAGUAGAAGAGGAGCUCAACAAGCUCAAAUCAUUAGAAGCACCUGCUGCACCAAAAGCAGACACUGUGUACAAUGGUCUACUCGUAUUGGAGAAAUUAUACAAGAGCAUAGAUGAUCUUCUCAACUUGCCCACCCUUCAAACCCUAUCCCAAAGUCUAGAUGCUAAAUGGGUUGACGAUUUAUUGGACAAAUCAGUGAGGCUUCUUGAUGUUUGUGGCACUACAAGGGAACUUGUCUCACAAUAUAAAGAAAAAGUAAGAGAUCUUCAAUCAUCUCUCAGAAGGAGAAAAGGAGAUUCAACAACAGAUGACAGCGUUGAAAGAUUUACCUCUUUCAGCAAGAAGAUCAAGAGGGAUGCCAAAACGUCUGUCUUGACUCUGAAACAAAUGGAUCAAGAGACUGCAGUACCAGUCUUGCUAGAUGCAGAACAAGAUACAAUAGCUGCGAUUAGAGCACUUAGAGAAGCUAAUGCAGUAUGCAUUUCAAUUUUCCAAAUGCUCUUGUCCUUCCUCUGUGUGCCACUUUUGAAGCCUAAGCAAUCAAAAUGGUCAUUGCUUUCAAGAUUGGUAUACAAAGAAAGAAUAGCACCUGAAGUCCAAGAAGAAAACACGAGCUUAGAAACCAGGCUGGAAACCUUCGAGGCUUACCUUGAUAGCUUUGAAAAUGCACUGGAAGCUGUAUUUAGGUGCUUGAUUAGAUCUAGAAGCUCGCUCCUCAAUGUUCUUUCCUGCUAAUUUGGAAGUUGUUAUUCCAUACUCUGUAAAUUGUAUAUGAACAGUUUUGUAGUAAUGUUAGAAAUACAUAAACUUCAAGUGAAAGAUUAUACACCACUUAUUGCCUCUCUCUCUCUCUCUCAGAUCAAAAUUUAAAAGGUUAUGCCUGUGAAUUUUACCACAAAGAAAGCACUUAGCAGUCUCUCUACGUACCUUAGGUCAGGUUAAGUUUGGGUAGCUCAUAUCCAUUGAAAUGGUCCUCUUAAUUCUAGAGGGGAAACUGAUAAAAUGCAUAGCACAUUCAUAACAUACUUACUUUACAUAAUUGGCUCCAAAAAUCAAACUAAUGAAAGGUCAGAAUGAGGAUGAAGAAAUUCUUCAUUAUUCUACUUAUCCACCAUAUUUUUAUGCAUCACUAAGAAGUUAGAAAUAUAGCUUAUGAGCUGCUUAAUCUUAGUUCAUAGUCCAACUAGAUAUUGUGACCACUGUAACUAUGACAAUCUUAAUUUCAUCAUAUGUCUUCUGCGAUAAUUGGAAGCACUAGAUCUAAUCAAGAGGCUUAUUCAAUCAAGUCCUUUUUUUUUCUAGCUCCGUAGCCAAAUUCAAGAAAAGAAAAGAAAAUAAAGAUCCAGCAAAAAGAUCUGGCACAGAGAUCAGUGGGGUAAAACAGACAACAUAACGUUCUUUCGAACAAUUAAAUGGAAAAAAUAACACUGCCACUUUGCUCGACUCAAUAUCAGUUUAAUCUGACAGAUAACUGUGGCCUUGCUCAGCAAGCUUACUUGCGUUGCUCCCAAAAAGUCCACUAGCAGUUCCUGAAGACGACCUGUAUGCUCCCCAAAUAAAGAUUUAAAGGGAACUUGACUAACUAAAAUGUGGCUAGCACUCUUUUGAGGCUCAGCUUGACAACUUCAAAUGUAAUUUGGAAGGAACAUCGGUGCCUGAUUACAUCACAGAGUUCUCUCCUAAAAAUCUUCUCAUGCUAAUUGCGAAACUUUUAUUGCACAUGUGGAGUUGGCUAGUUAGUUUUCACAUAUAUAAUGUUCAUGGGAAGCUUAACAGCCUUCCCUUUGACCUGUUGGUCGUGCCUCACAGUGCCCCGUGGCUAGCUAUUAAGUACAUAGUGCCAUGGACAGGCCUGCUAGAUUUUGCAGAGCCAACUUACAAGUGUGUCUGUGCCUGUGUCAGAGAUCUUCAAUCCUCUGUCAGAAGGAAAAAAGGAGACUCAAGUACAGAGCCAGCUUCACCAGAGGAGGCCAAAAGUUAUUCCCGGUCUUAACUCUUAAAAUAAAUGGAUGAAGAGAUUGGUGAAUCAGAAUUCCAAGAUUCAGAUUUGGACACUACAUAUGUGAUUAGUUACUAAGGGGAGCCAAUUUAGUGUGCAUUUUAAUUUCGCAAAAGUAUAGCAUAUGAAAGUCAUGCAAGCAACAUUAACUUUGAAACUUGGCUGGAAUCCUUCGACUGUCACCCUGAGUGCUUUUACAAUGGAUUUGAAGGACCAUUUAGGUGCCUGAUUAGAUCGAGGGGCUGUCUCCUGAAUAUAUUCUCUCCAUCUAGUUCAUUCUGCAUUCUUAUGUGUUCCUUUCCCUGCAUACUUAAAAAAUAAGAUAUCUUAGAGAGAAUGUGAAACUCAUGGUUUUAACUCAUUAAAGUUCUGUAAAAAAUAUAAAUUUCCCUCUCUUUGCCCUGGAGGGUGAGUUGUAGAGGAGAACAAUUAUUCAGUCAAUAAUUUG